UUUGAUAAAAAUUUUUAUCAUUGCAAUAACAUCGAAAGAAAAAAAAACUAAAAUAUCCUAGCAUAUUGUCAUAUAAUAUAUUAUAUAAACUUUAUAUUAUCAUGCCUAGAGUUGAUCCAUUGAUAGUUGGUCGUGUGAUAGGUGAAGUUUUAGAUCCAUUCACUAAGUCUGUUGAUCUUAGAGUUGUUUAUAAUAAUAGAGAAGUGAACAAUGCAUGUGUGUUGAAACCUUCACAAGUUGUUAUGCAACCUAGGGUUUAUAUCGGAGGGGACGAUCUUCGCACCUUUUACACUCUGAUUAUGGUGGAUCCUGAUGCUCCAAGCCCAAGCAAUCCUAACUUGAGGGAGUAUCUACACUGGCUGGUCACAGAUAUCCCAGCAACUACAGAUACAAGCUUUGGAAAUGAAAUAGUAUGCUACGAGAAUCCAACACCAACGAUGGGAAUUCAUCGAUUCGUUUUGGUUUUAUUUCGACAAUUGGGACGUGAAACAGUGUAUCCCCCAGGAUGGCGUCAAAAUUUCAACACAAGAGACUUUGCUGAGCUUUAUAAUCUUGGAUUGCCUGUUGCAUCUGUUUACUUCAAUUGCCAUAGAGAGAGUGGUACUGGAGGACGUCGCGCAUAAAAGAAAUACAUACAUACAUACAUACAUACGUAUGAUAAAAAUAAAGUGUUACCAAUAUCUCAUCGCGAGAUCUUAAAGUGAAAUUACAUGAUUCAAGAGCGAUAUGCGUGUGAAAAAAAAUCAGAAUUUCUAAUUGACUUUCUAUGUCGAUUCGAAAUUCUGAUUUUAAUUUUCAUGUAAUUAAAAACCUAGAUACUUGAUGUCUAGUAGUAAGGGGGAUUACCCUCAUGAUGUUAUAAAUAAAUAGAGUAUAUUGGUUAGCAUAUGAUAAAUAUAUGGUUUGUUAUAAUAAUAAUCUUCCAUCGAAAUUGUACUUGCAUUGUCACAAUAAUUUUCGAUAGAUUUUCUAUCGAAAAUUCCUUAUUAUAUAUGAAAAUUUUGAUUUUUCUAA